CCACUGCACUGCAAAAAAGAGAGUAAAAAAAUAAAUAAAUAAAAAAAACGAAAAAAACCAUUUUGAAAAUUUUCAUUAUUAAUUCUGAUAAAGUAGAAAAACAAACCCCCCACUACCCUAUAACAAGCACCUGUCUUUCUUGGUCAGUAGCAUUCCACUGUAUACCAUAAAACUAGCAAAAAUCCCUCCCACUUUUCUCUCUUUUUUGAUCUUCUUUUAGAUUCCCAUUUUUUUUUUUUUUUUUAGCUCUAAAUUCUGAGCAGGAAUUUAUAUCCUCUGGGUUACGGAGGAAUCCCCAGACCUCCUUUUUUUACCUUUUUGCUUCCCAUCCCUUCUUUUGUUUCUUUUCCUUGAGACUUGAGAUAGUGUUUCACAUCCACAUCAAUUUAAAAACCCAAAAACUCAAGCCAGGAAAAACAAAAGGAAAACUGAACUUUAGCAAACCUUUCUCUCCUACCUUUCUAUCUACCGCUUUAUUUUUUGUUUUGUGUUUUUGGGUUCUCAUUCUCACUUUUGUCUUGGUUUCUUGGCCUUUUCUGAUCCCAGAAAUAGACUUCAGAAACGACAAUGGAUGAUUACUGCAAAAGGAGUGGUCAGAUACCAGCAUUUGGGGACUGGGAUUAUGCAAAUGAGCUUCCAAUUACUCAGUAUUUUGAAUCUGCAAGACAAGCCGGUUUGAUCCGCUACAGUUCUUCAUCCGGUGAAAGCGAUCAGUAUCUGAAGGCUGACUUGUACGCCGUUGAUCUCCAUAAUCCAUAUCAACCUUAUCGUCCUGCUGUUCCUCAUCCCACUAGAAAGACGAGAGGAAGAGAAAAGCGAGGCUGCUCUCAUCAGCAGCCGCAUGUUAAGGAGCACAAAAAGCAGCAAUCUGUGAACAAGGUCUUUGACGUGACUGAACCGCCAAGGAAACUUUGCCAUCAACAACACAAACAACCUCACCGACACGACACCGUUCCACGUCCUCCUCGUUUGACCACCACUCGCCCUCCUAAACCCGUCGAUGAAGAUCUCUACAAAAUACCCCCUGAACUCCUCCGUAACACGAAGAGGAAGAAAAUGCUGGGAAUCUUUUCAAGGUGCUUGGUCCCUGCAUGUUCUGCAUGACUGCCUUGGAGUACCAAGAGAAAGAAGGGGGGGGGGGGGGGGGGGUGGGGGUGUUUGCCAAGGGAGAGACUGGGUAUAAAGAGAAAAUGCGUUGAGUGCUCCUUUUUUUUGUAAUUUCCACCAAAGAUUAGACUGCCAAUGAAAAAAAAAAAAAAGGAUGGUAUUGGCAUUUUUUUGUAUUUUUUUUUUGUUUUUGUUUUUUUAACUAUGAUGAUUAUGCUCUUCUUUAUAUGGAAAUAUAUGAAUGUACUACCAAAAAUAGGCUUUGUGAAUGCA